ACCUUGCUUCUGCCCUCCCUGGUCCCCUCCUAAAGUUUCUGUUUCUUUUUUCCCUGCUGUCCUUCCUGUCCUGUCGCUUUGUAGUCUGGUCCUUUGUCUUCUGGGAGUUCUGCUGCUAAGGAAGCUAAACUGUUGGAGCUUACUUCCAAGCUUAGGAAGGCCGAGGAAAGACAUGGCAACAUUGAAGAGAGGCUGCGGCAGAUGGAGGCACAGCUGGAGGAGAAGAAUCAGGAGCUACAGCGGGCAAGGCAGAGAGAAAAGAUGAACGAGGAACAUAAUAAGCGCCUGUCUGACACUGUGGACAAGCUGCUCUCAGAAUCCAAUGAGAGGCUGCAGCUGCAUCUGAAGGAGAGAAUGGCGGCACUGGAGGACAAGAAUUCUCUACUACGGGAAGUUGAAAAUACAAAGAAGCAACUGGAAGAGACACAGCAUGAUAAGGACCAACUUGUCCUGAAUAUUGAAACUCUGAGGGCUGAGCUGGACCAGAUGAGACUGAGAAGCUCUUCACUUCAUCAUGGCCGACCCCAUUUGGGCAGCGUCCCGGACUUCAGGUUCCCUGUGGCAGACGGGCAUGUGGAUGCUUACAGCACCAGUGCAGUGUUGCGGCGCCCCCAGAAGGGCCGGCUGGCAGCGCUGCGGGAUGAGCCCUCCAAGGUGCAGACCCUCAACGAACAGGAUUGGGAACGGGCCCAACAAGCCAGCGUCUUGGCAAAUGUGGCACAGGCAUUUGAGAGCGAUGUGGAUGUAUCUGACGGUGAAGAUGACAGAGAUACUCUGCUCAGCUCAGUUGACCUGCUGUCGCCCAGUGGGCAGGCCGAUGCGCAGACCCUGGCCAUCAUGCUUCAGGAGCAGCUGGAUGCCAUCAACAAGGAGAUCAGGCUGAUACAAGAAGAGAAGGAGAAUACAGAGCAGCGGGCAGAGGAGAUCGAGAGCAGAGUGGGCAGUGGAAGCUUGGACAAUCUUGGUCGUUUUAGAUCAAUGAGCUCUAUCCCUCCCUACCCUGCUUCCUCACUUGCUGGCUCCUCUCCUCCAGGCAGUGGUCGGUCUACACCAAGAAGGGUUCCUCAUAGUCCUGCCCGAGAGGUGGACAGGCUGGGUGUCAUGACUCUGCCUAGUGACUUAAGGAAGCACCGGAGACAGCUGCCAGCUUCCAGAGAAGAGGUACGAGACGACAAGACGACAAUAAAAUGUGAAACCUCACCCCCCUCCUCCCCGAGGCCCCUGCGCUUAGACAGGCUGCACAAGGGCGCACUGCACACAGUCAGCCAUGAGGACAUCAGGGACCUGAGGAACUCCACAGGCUCCCAGGAUGGUCCCGUGAGCAACCCUAGCAGCAGUAAUAGUAGCCAGGACUCCCUCCACAAAGCCCCAAAGAAGAAAGGCAUCAAGUCCUCCAUUGGCCGCUUGUUUGGCAAGAAGGAAAAAGGCCGGCCUGGGCCACUGGGCAAGGAGUCACCAGGACAAGCUGGUGUUUCAGAGACAGAAAAUUCAUCUCAAGAUGCCUUGGGACUCAGCAAACUGGGAGGACAAGCUGAGAAAAACCGUAAACUUCAGAAAAAGCAUGAGUUGCUGGAGGAAGCCCGCAGGCAAGGCUUGCCUUUCGCACAGUGGGAUGGCCCCACAGUGGUGGUGUGGCUGGAGCUCUGGGUUGGGAUGCCUGCCUGGUAUGUGGCUGCUUGUCGCGCAAACGUCAAGAGUGGUGCCAUCAUGUCGGCCCUGUCAGACACUGAGAUCCAGCGGGAGAUCGGCAUCAGCAACCCUCUGCACAGGCUGAAGCUUCGACUGGCUAUCCAGGAGAUAAUGUCGCUGACUAGCCCUUCUGCCCCACCCACAUCCAGGACGACUACAGGAAAUGUCUGGUUGACACAUGAAGAGAUGGAAACGCUCACAGCCACGCCACAAACGGAAGACGAGGAGGGAAGCUGGGCUCAGCAGACGCUAGCAUAUGGGGACAUGAACCACGAGUGGAUCGGCAAUGAGUGGCUGCCCAGCCUGGGCCUGCCGCAGUACCGCAGCUACUUCAUGGAGUGCCUGGUGGAUGCCCGGAUGCUGGAUCACCUCACCAAGAAGGACCUGCGAGGGCAGCUGAAGAUGGUGGACAGCUUCCACAGAAACAGUUUCCAGUGUGGAAUCAUGUGCCUGAGAAGGUUGAAUUAUGACCGAAAAGAACUGGAAAGAAAAAGAGAAGAGAGUCAGAAUGAGACAAGAGAUGUGCUUGUUUGGAGCAAUGACCGGGUGAUUCGCUGGAUUCUGUCAAUCGGCCUUAAAGAGUAUGCCAACAAUCUAAUAGAGAGUGGUGUUCACGGUGCACUUCUGGCCUUGGACGAGACUUUUGAUUUCAGCGCACUGGCACUGUUGUUACAGAUUCCAACGCAGAAUACACAGGCUCGAGCUGUCUUGGAAAGAGAGUUCAACAACCUUUUGGUCUCGGGGACUGAUCGGAGGUUUGAUGAGGAUGAUGACAAAAGCUUCAGGAGAGCACCUUCGUGGAGGAAGAAGUUCAGACCAAAGGACAUCCGUGGCCUGGCCUCUGGCUCUGCAGAGACGUUGCCUGCCAACUUCCGAGUCACCUCCUCUAUGUCAUCUCCCUCUAUGCAGCCAAAGAAGGUUCAGAUGGACGGUAGUGUGUCCGGAGCACAGAGGCUGGACUCUGCCACAGUCAGGACUUACUCCUGCUAGAGCCUCCUGCUGUUUACCCACACUACUUCUACAGAUGACGCCACUGUGGCGGGGACGGUGCAGAGCUCGUGGAGCCCCAUCUGGCGACGCUCGCUAUAUGGACCCAAGAUAUUUUAUUACAGAGUUUUUAAAAUAGUGGAAAAAAAAUCACAAAUACCAUAGAGAAAAUAUUUUAGAAUUGACUGUUUCUUAUAUUUAUGUAAACUUACACUUCCUCAUUUAUAUAGUUACUUACUCUUUCAUGUAUAUCCAGGCUAUAAAUAUCCUUUUGAGUCAAUUCAUGUUCUUAUACCUAAUUUUAGUCUUUUAAAUGAAUGUACUGUAAUGCUUGUGUGUAAAUCUGAGCAAAUAUAGGGCUUUUGUAAAUUAUGCAUUUACUGUAAUUAUUCCUGUUUAAUUUUUUAAUGAUGAACCUGACAGAGGAAAGGAUUUUGCUACGUUUAUAAAGUCAUCAUGAUACAAGCCAUGUGCGUUCUCUUCUAUCCAGCUCUGCAACAAUCAUUCAGAAAGAAGCAGACUUUAUUUCCAGACGUUUUCUGUCGUAUUUUAAUGACUGACUGUAACCGUACUUUUUCUAGACAAAAAUCUCAGCUUCCAUUAGGCUUGGGACUGACGGUCAGGACUCAGUGAACAGCUUUUACCCCUGGCCAUAUCCCUGGCCCUGCUCUGGACAUGGGUGGAUCGUCUUCAGAGGUUGAGCAGGGCAUUGAGCUGGGAGCAGCACUACUGGGGCAGGGUGGCUGUCACCUGCAGACUGAACAGCUGAAGGAGCCUUGCAGCCACCUCCCUCCAACACUCUUCAAGGACCAAUCAUGGGGCAGGUGCUCAUUUCCUGGCUGGGGCAGAGCAGGUGAAAGCAAGAGACCUCAGCGGAACGGGCAGCCUGCAACUCCAAUAAAGGCCUUAUUUUUCUUGUGUAAACUGUCUUUUUACAUUUAUUUGUAAAUGUGUUAAGAAUGGACCUAGCUGUACCCUCAUAGCUGUCUUGGCAGCAUCCUGACUGACUUUGGGGAGUUAAGCCACAGAGCUCAGGCAGACAUGUGCGUAUUUAUUGUGUAGCUGAUGUGGGAGAGGCUUUUAUAUUUGCUUUCUGCUUUUAAUUCAUCUGGACAAUUGGUUGUUCUGUUUUUCUGUUAAUUGUCUGUGACCCUCCCAGUUAUAUAACAAAGUCUGUGCAGUCGACUUCUGAACUGUUUUUAUCACAGUGUUAUUUAUUGGUGUGUUUUUUUUUUUUU